CUCGCCAGCCGUUUCCUCCUUGCCGCACUAAAAAUGUCAUUUACGCCGUUUGCUGUCCUUGCAAUAGGUUCUAUAUUGGAUGCACUACCCGUGCAAUCAAUAUUAUGUUCACAGAACAUUUUAAUUCCACAUGAACAGGAAAAGGUUCUCCCAGACUCAUCUCUCAUAUUACAGAUGAACAUGAUAGUGAUCCAAAAGUAUUACGAUUUUCUGAUAUAGAACGUGCAAGUACAGCAAACGGCGCUAACAAAGAAAAUCCUUUUGCAAAAAGAAGGCAAAUGGAUUUUAAAAACUAAUGCACAAGGAGGUCUCGGUUUAAAUGAUAGACUAGACAAGAGUGUCUUUAUUUUGUCGCUGUAAUUUGUUAAAAUUAUGUUGUUUUCCAUUUUGAUUUUAAUGGAAACGCCUACCUUCCGUGACGUGGACAGAGAGGUGUAUUUACCUGGGUCCAGGUAGCGGAAGAGGCGUAGUCUGAAGAAGCGCCUGUCUUUGGCGCGAAAGCAGCAGUUCACUGCACCACGCUGCGGACCCUGGUGUCCUGCGCUAUGGAAUUUUAACUGCACCCGAAUAAAGACAAAGUCUGCACCUUCCAAGAGACUCCAACUCGUAAGUGCCCCCCCAUCUCCAUUCUUACUUCCAUUUUGUCAUAUGUUGAAGUCUGUACAGGGUUUAGCACAGUGUGGAGGAUCGUAGGUGUGUUGUUGAGGGAAGCCGAUAGCACUCAGUGGGAUCGAUAAAACACCUGAGCAUAUUUUCAACAAUGCCGAUCACUGUGCCUUUGCUUGCAGAAUGUAUGGGUGUGCAUGUGUGGGUAAUGCAUGUGAGUGGGGGUAAGCUCAGUGCUUGACUCGCCCCUUCCUGAGCAGUGGAUAUCAGAAUGAGUGAGUGGCAAAACAGAGGGAUUUGUGAGCUAGACACAUAAAAAAGACAUGUAAAGAAUCUGUAUGACCCAGUGAGUAGCAUACAGAAGCUUUAUUUUUUGUGACAUGUCAGGUAUGCUUUAAGGAUACUGGUAUUAAGGGAAUGGUUUUCUGCAUGCUAUGAGAAACCAACAUAGAAUACCAUCAAUACCACCACCAGUUUGGACAAGGCAAGAUGGAUUUAGAAUGUUCAUGCCAAGUUCUGCCCUUGCCAAUUGCAUAGUGUAUUCGAUACCAAGAUCCAACAAAGCAGGCUGAGCCUCUGCAUACCCGUCUAUUUUUAGUUGGGAGGAGCCAAUACUUGACUGGAUUAUGUUCCAUACAGAACAAGAAGCGACGAGUCAAUCUUUUGCUAGAGAAGUGUUAACACCUGUGACAGAGUACAAAGGAAGGAAAGAUGAAAACAAUUCUCCUUAUGGUUUUCGUGGGAAGCUUCUACAACCUUACUCAAUGCCUGGAUUCACAGGAAACUAACUUAUCUGGUAGGAAUCUGACAAACAUCCCUACAAAUUGCUCAACAGACACAACAAAACUAAAUUUAAGUCAAAAUUAUAUUUCCUUGAAUAAAGAAGAUCAAACCUCCCUAGGGAGAUAUGAAAAUUUGACAGAGCUAAAUCUGUGUCAGAAUAACAUCACUGAGCUGAAGAACAGCUACUUUACUGGACUCUCAAAGCUUGAGGUGUUAAUUCUCAGAAAUAACCAAAUUACAUCUGUUGGAGAAAUGUCACUUUUUGGACUGGGAAAUCUGAGGAUUUUGGAUCUUAGCUUAAAUCGUAUAACUUACCUACCUGCAAACAUUCAGAUACCAUCAAUGCAGCUGCAAGCUUUUUACCUUCAAGAAAACAACUUGACUACCUUAGAUAUUAAAGAUGCGCUAAAGGACUUGAAAACCUCUCUGAAUAUAACACUUAAUGGGAAUCCAUGGAACUGUUCCUGCUCCCUUAUUAGUCUAUCAUCGUGGUUAAAUAACAACAUAGUCAUUCUUGAAAAUGAGAACAUUACCUUGUGUGCAGCACCAAAAAGCAUGGUAAACUAUAAUAUAAAAGAAAUCAAUACAGCACCAGCAGAGCUAUUGGGCUGCAUUGGCAGCAGUGACGUCUCAUCAACCACAACAUCAACCCUCUUCAUUGAAGGCUCUACAGUUCUUGUGAAUGUGUCCAUCAAUGGAACCAAUGCCACAUCUACCAGAGGGAACAGCUGGACAUUCCUGGUUGGAGUAAUAGUUGUUGGGCUUGUCACCUCAUUGCUAAUACUAGCUGCAGUCAAGUUCCCAAGAUGGUAUGACUACAUUCUCAGCUACAAUCACCAUCGCCUCAAAGAAGAAGAACCUUACAUGUUUGAGGAGGAGUUCAAUGUGGACUUUGACAUGUGCACCAAUGACAAAAACCAAGAGGAUGACACUGUUGUGGUCUUUGAGCAAACACACUCUUUUGUGCCAGAAGAAGAUGGAUUUAUAGAAGACAAGUACAUAGAUGAACAUGAUAUAACGGAGUUAAAUUAGGCCUUCAAAGACAGAUUUUAAUUUCCUUUUUUAGGAAAUUAAAUAAUGUAUAAAUAAAUCGCAUAAACCCCUCUAAAAUACCAGAGGCUGGUCCUUGUAGAAUACAAAAGAAGAAAUACUUUGUCAUAUGUUUCGUCACUUCCCAUGGUUGGGGUUAAAGAGGACCUGCCAUAUAUGUCCAAAGCUCUACAUUUCUCCAUUUCUCUCCUAUGUUUUUACCUUGAAAGAAUGUUACCGGAAAAGAAUGUUUGUCCUUUGUAAGAGGCCAUUAAACACACAUGGCCUAUCUUAAUGACUGUAAUGCCCAAUGUGGACUAAAACAUUUUACAGCUGUGAAGGUAAAACAACUGUACGCUAGGCAAUCAUUUGUUCAACCAUCAAACUAUCUAACCUGUACCUUUAGACUGCAGCCAAAUACGCAUUUCUGAUUCAUAGAAAUCUUUAUUAGCAAUCUUUAUAGUGAACAGCAGGGACUGUCAACAAGACUACUUCCUACCUCUUUCCGUUUGAGAAAAGUCUACUGCACUUUCCUAUGCAAAAAUACAGGCUCUGUAUUGACUGAAUUAUGGAAAUCAUUUUGUUGGUCUUUACAAAGUAAACUGGUAGGUAAAAGUUCCCUCUAACAGCAAAGAGCAUCCGCUAAAUGGUUCCAGUAAUGGGAAUAAAAAUAAAAGCGGACAAUUCUUGUUGUAGGAAAAAGAAAUGUGUUUAGGAGAUACCAGGCACUGAUGAAUGCAGAAACCAUACCGUACAAUAGCACAUAUUCAGGUACUAUACUAUAGGAUUGUUUUUUUCCUUUAAAGGGGUAUUCUGGCUUUAUACAUCUUAUCCCCUAUCCAAGUGAUAUAUGAUGGCAGUAGUCCCGCCGCUGGGAACCCCCGUGAUCUCUGUGCAGCCCCCAGCAUUCUGUGCCGGGCGCUGCCUCCGAGAAGGGGAUGUGACAUUACGGCCACACCCCCUGGUGACAUCACGCCACACCCCUCCAUUCAUGGCUAUGGGAGGGGGCGUGACGGCUGUCACGCCCACUCACAUAAACAUGAAUGGAGGGGCGUGGUGUGAUGUCUCUAGGGGAAUUUCCCUUUAAAAACAUGAAUGGAGUGACAUCUGUAGGGGAAUACCCCUUUAAAAAUACACCAAAUUAUUUAUUUGCAGCAAUAGUAGGAGCUUCAAGUUAAUGUCAGAUAAAGUCUUUAAUUCAUAGGAUACUUUAUCAUCAUCAUAUCUCAUACAUGUUAGGUUUAAGUCAUAAAUCAUUUAGAUACAAUAAAGGUACAAUAUUUCCUAAAUAUUAAUCCAAAUAACAAAAAAAUAUAUGUUUUGCCAGAAAGUAGCCCUCACACAACAGUCUGAGGGUAGUGUUAUAUGUAUCUUUAUCCUAUUAAAGUAGUUUUUUUUCAAACACAACUAGUCACGUCUCCUUUUUCCCCAACUGCGCUCCA